UGCUCCUUGACCAGUCGUCCCUCUCAGCCUCGGCCCGCGGCGCCGACCCUUCCGGGACCCUCCCGCCCCGUCUCGUACUGUCGCCGCCACCGCCGCGGCCCCGGCCCUGGCCCCGAUGGCUCUGUGCAACGGAGACUCCAAGCUCGAGAAUGCUGGAGGAGACCUUAAGGAUGGCCACCACCACUAUGAAGGAGCUGUUGUCAUUCUGGAUGCUGGUGCUCAGUACGGGAAAGUCAUUGACCGAAGAGUGAGGGAACUAUUCGUGCAGUCUGAAAUUUUCCCCUUGGAAACACCAGCAUUUGCCAUAAAAGAACAAGGAUUCCGUGCUAUCAUCAUCUCUGGAGGACCUAAUUCUGUAUAUGCUGAAGAUGCUCCCUGGUUUGAUCCAGCAAUAUUCACUAUUGGCAAACCUGUUCUUGGAAUUUGCUAUGGCAUGCAGAUGAUGAACAAGGUAUUUGGAGGAACUGUCCACAAAAAAAGUGUUAGAGAAGAUGGAGUCUUCAACAUUAGUGUGGAUAAUACAUGUUCAUUAUUCAGGGGCCUUCAGAAGGAAGAAAUUGUUUUGCUCACACAUGGAGAUAGUGUAGACAAAGUAGCUGAUGGAUUCAAGGUUGUGGCACGUUCUGGAAACAUAGUAGCAGGCAUAGCAAAUGAAUCUAAAAAAUUAUAUGGAGCACAGUUCCACCCUGAAGUUGGCCUUACAGAAAAUGGAAAAGUAAUACUGAAGAAUUUCCUUUAUGAUAUAGCUGGGUGCACUGGAACCUACACCGUGCAGAACAGAGAACUUGAGUGCAUUCGAGAGAUCAAAGAGAGAGUAGGCACAUCAAAAGUUUUGGUUUUACUCAGUGGUGGAGUAGACUCAACAGUUUGUACAGCUUUGCUAAAUCGUGCUUUGAACCAAGAUCAAGUCAUUGCUGUACACAUUGAUAAUGGCUUUAUGAGAAAACGAGAAAGCCAAUCUGUUGAAGAGGCCCUCAAAAAGCUUGGAAUUCAGGUCAAAGUGAUAAAUGCUGCUCAUUCUUUCUACAAUGGAACAACAACCCUACCAAUAUCAGAUGAAGAUAGAACCCCACGGAAAAGAAUUAGCAAAACGUUAAAUAUGACCACAAGUCCUGAAGAGAAAAGAAAAAUCAUUGGGGAUACUUUUGUUAAGAUUGCCAGUGAAGUAAUAGGAGAAAUGAACCUGAAACCAGAGGAGGUUUUUCUUGCCCAAGGUACUUUACGGCCUGAUCUAAUUGAAAGUGCAUCCCUUGUUGCAAGUGGCAAAGCUGAACUCAUCAAAACCCAUCACAAUGACACAGAGCUCAUCAGAAAGUUGAGAGAAGAGGGAAGAGUAAUAGAACCUCUGAAAGAUUUUCAUAAAGAUGAAGUGAGAAUUUUGGGCAGAGAACUUGGACUUCCAGAAGAGUUAGUUUCCAGGCAUCCAUUUCCAGGUCCUGGCCUGGCAAUCAGAGUAAUAUGUGCUGAAGAACCUUAUAUUUGUAAAGACUUUCCUGAAACCAACAAUAUUUUGAAAAUAGUAGCUGAUUUUUCUGCAAGUGUUAAAAAGCCACAUACCCUAUUACAGAGAGUCAAAGCCUGCACAACGGAAGAGGAUCAGGAGAAGCUGAUGCAAAUUACAAGUCUGCAUUCACUGAAUGCCUUCUUGCUGCCAAUUAAAACUGUAGGUGUGCAGGGUGACUGUCGUUCCUACAGUUACGUGUGUGGAAUCUCCAGUAAAGAUGAACCUGACUGGGAAUCUCUUAUUUUUCUGGCUAGGCUUAUACCUCGAAUGUGUCACAACGUUAACAGAGUUGUUUAUAUAUUUGGGCCACCAGUUAAAGAACCUCCUACAGAUGUUACUCCCACUUUCUUGACAACAGGUGUGCUCAGUACUUUACGCCAAGCUGAUUUUGAGGCCCAUAAUAUUCUCAGGGAGUCUGGGUAUGCUGGGAAAAUCAGCCAGAUGCCGGUGAUUUUGACACCAUUACAUUUUGAUCGGGACCCACUUCAAAAGCAGCCUUCAUGCCAGAGAUCUGUAGUUAUUCGAACCUUUAUUACUAGUGACUUCAUGACUGGUAUACCUGCAACACCUGGCAAUGAGAUCCCUGUAGAGGUGGUGUUAAAGAUGGUCACUGAGAUUAAGAAGAUUCCUGGUAUUUCUCGAAUUAUGUAUGACUUAACAUCAAAGCCCCCAGGAACUACUGAGUGGGAGUAAUAAACUUGUUCUCUUAAAGUACCGUGUGCAGUUUAAAUUGAUUAGAAAUCAUUCCCAUUAUUGACAUGCAGUACUGUGAAAAGAGUUACUGGAGCCAGCUACAUCACAUCUGAGUUCUCUACAGCAAAAAUCUACGGCUUAAGAGCUGAGUUGGGGAUAACCAAAAGGGACUGAAGAGUUUGUACGGGUAAAUAAUCAAAGUACCAUUGCCUACACUCAGACAGAUUGAUACUGCUUUUGCCUUUGCCUUUGCCUCACUUAUUUAUGUAUAAAGUCGCUGUGGCUAUUGAUGUCUCUGUGAAGAAGAUGUAUGAAGGUGAGUGAGUUUGGGGUAGUAAUAGGCUUCUGUCUCCUUCCCAGUUUCUAAGAACUGUUAGAAACAUCCGUUAUUUACCAGUGUUACUUACUGUGUUUAUAUUCCUUUUGGAGAAUCAAUUUUUUCUAUAAGUAAUCUUAUUUCUCCAAUGGGUGAGAGAUGAACAUAUCAGCUAAAGGUAUAGGUGGGCUAUUCCAGCCACUUUUGAAGGGCACUGAGGCUGUAAAAUGUAAGCUACUAUAACGUGGAAAGCACCAGGAAUUUGUUGAUUUACUUUUGAAUCUUAUUUCACAGCCCUGGGAGGAAGAAACUGAGUGGUCUCAGAUGUCUAUGAAUGGUCUUAAAAUGUUUGCAAACCAUGUUCCACAUAGAUGCCAUGUUGUUCAAUGUCAGCCUGUUUAUUAGUGAGGAGCUUUAUUCUCCUGUCUCUAUAUUACCAGCCUCCUGCAGCCUUGCAUAGAAGGUUUCUCUUCUCUCCUCAGAAGAAAUUGGCUCAGUGAUGUUUCUGAUGUAAUGCAGAUAGAGGUCAAGAGGAGCAUUUUAAUCUCUUUUGCUGGUCAGAGAAACAGCUCUGAGAUCGCAGAAGCCUUGAUGCAUACCUACAGCUUACAAAUGGGAGUUAUGCUUAUAUCAUCUAGUAAACAGUUGUAAAAUGAACUCUUAGGUCUAAUCUAUAGACAUAUUAUUCAUUGCUCAGACGUCUGGGAACAGUCUUGAUCCAUGCAAGAUGUUUGCUUAACCUUGUAAUCCUUUCUACUAGCUAUAAGAGAUGAUUCAAGAACUGGUGCAGGACUUGUUUCCAUUGACACCAGUUUCUAACAGAUCUUUUAUAACACUCACAUAAGUACUGUAAAAAUAGAUAGUGGUUGACUUAAACUCUCCAUUUCUCUCAGUAUUUUAGCUAGGAAUGUUACCAUGUUUUUCUCUUAUCAUUUCCAUCUCAGGUUGCUGCCUCUUUUCUAGUUGAAAAGGUCAGAUCUAUUAAUCAGGUAUGAAAUUUGAUUUGGGAUUCAGUGUUAAACAACAAAAUGAUGCAUGGCAGAAGUUAUCUUUUUAUUCUGGCUAGUCCAGAGAACAAGAAAACUGCUGCUGGACCAGCAAGGGAAGAGUUUCUGUCUGUCUUAACAGCAAUCUGUCCCCAAGACAUAGGGGUAAUUGACUCCUACAAAACUUAAAGGGUACAUUUUCUAUCCUGAUGAGGAGGUACUCAUGGCCUUCUGGAAAGAGGAUGGGUUAAUGAUCUGGUCUUAACAGAUUUAGAGUCAUGUUAUUUGAGAGCUAGAAUAGACAACUUAUCAAAUGCUGAACGACAUCAACAUGUGUCAGUACACAUUUAUGUUUAUAUGAAAAAUAAAUUUUCUAGCCACAGUGUCUUAGGAUUUUGUAUUGAAGCAAACAAUAGGAAUUUUGGAAAAAUAGAUAGUAAGAAUGUGUGUUCCCUAAGUAUGUCGUAAGGAACACUGCUCCACUGAGAAGGUCCAUGUAAAAAGGAUUAGGUGGUCGUAUAAGUUUGGGGAAAGGAAGCUCACUUGUCCUUUGUUGGACAUGAGAUUCAUGCCAUACUUAUAUUCAAAACUGAGAAAUUCUGAAGUUAAAAGCAGUUGUUAAAUUCUGCUUAGUGUUUUCCUGACACUUGUUUUUUGAACACCUUUUAUAUAAUCCCUCCUAAUAUAUAGUUAGUAUAUACUUCUUAAUAUAACACUGGGAAAAUUGUUUCUCCAAAACACAUCUUGACAUGACAUAGUUUCUUAAAAAAUCUCAAUUUUCUGGAACUCAGAACUUUCCUAAUACUUAGCACCCUGUCUUCUUUUGCACAGCACUUUUUGCUUUGUGCCAUGUAGCAUUACUCUGUACCUUCACAGUAUUUCAUCUGAGCCACUGAGAAAAGUUAAAGGUUGCACUUCCAUUUUAUAGUCAAGAAAAUAAACUCAGCUUAGGCGUGGUUACUCAAUGAAUUUCAGAAUUAAAUGUCAAGUUUCCUUAGUCUUGAUUGUCCUUUCAUUGAAUGCAUUGUGACACCUAACAUUAUAUAAACUUAUGGGAUGCUUAUUUUUGAUUAAGAAUAGAAUGGUGACUACCUGGCUAAUAGCAUUCAUCAUUGGUUAUUCUGGGCAUAUCAUGACUUUAUUCCCAUUACUUACCAUCUACCUGGGAUACAUCUGUAUUUAAUUAAAUAUAUAUUUUUUUCUUUGUACCUUUUAGGUAGACAGAGGCAAAUUAUUGAAAGCAUCAUUUAUUCCUAAGAUUGGCAGGCACAGAAUCAUUUUUAAGAACCAAAUACCCACUCCUACCUUAAAGGCUCCAUCUAUGAUCAUCAGCUCUGUUAGAAAUAACAGCCUGCUAUAAUUUCUAAAGACAUGUCUUUAGGUAUAUUUAGGAGAUAGGGUUACGCUGUUUUCUAGUCUUUUUUUAAUCCCUUAAUCUUGAGGUAAACUGCAUGCAUGUAGUCAAAGAAGCAUCAUAAACGUUUUUAUCCUCACUGUUUGGGCUUAACCUCCUGAUAGCCUGUUUUACUGAGUAACUUGACCCUAACCUGUAGAGAAUAAGGAGAUUCAAAUUAGGAAGGUAGGACUAUCCAUCUUUAGUGCUUUGCCUUGUCAUUAAACAACAAUAUGAACUUGGUCAAAUCAUUUCUGUUCUUUGUGACAUGAGGUAACUGUAUUAAAUUUUCAACAUCCAAUCCAGCCCUAAAUUCCUAUUUUGUAAACAAGAAAAAGCAUAACAGGAAACAGAAUGGAGAAGCUGGAUAGUGGUUUAAGUUCUUUUAUCAUCAGUUAUGACACAAAGGGAAACAUCUAAAUGCACUGUAAAGUGAAAUCCUAGUUACUUUUUUUUGAAGCUGUUGGCAACGUCUGGCCACUUGAGGACUCUUCUGCUGUGAGAUGACCCUUGAAAAACACCCAUUAAAGUUCUCCUGAUAGACAUCUCUCUUUACUGCAUGUUUUUUGAAAAGCUGACAGAGAAUAUGCUCUGGCUUUGACGGUAGUGAAGUCACCCAUCAUCACUUAUAAAUAGCUAAUUGUUGGGAGCUACAGUUAGAAUCCAGGCUAUCUUAAAAAGGAAGUUCUCUGUGUAUAAUUGACCAUCAGGGAUAAAUGGGCUUUGAAAGUUUAAUUGUCUCCUUACUUAGAGUAGGUGGGUUUCUAGAGAUAGCCCUGUCUUUCAGAAGUUCUCUGAUGUCCUCUUGCCCAAUGUUGUAAUCACCAUUCCAUGCUACUCCCCUCCAGAAGUCUCACUGAUAUGUGGUGAGGACAUGCCUUAGCUAUCACCCCAAUGGAUGCUCCUUUCAUUGGCCCAAAUCCAGAAUGUAAUGGGGAACUGAAUACAGGUUGGAUGUCUCCACACUUGGAAAGCACAUCUUUUCUUAUUGAAGUCGUUUAACCACGCCAGAUGAUUGAGGGAACCUGGAUAUCUUUUUAAUCACUGAAGGAUUUGACAGCAGUAAUGGUGGCAUUGUUAACUCUUAAAUUUCUGAAGAUUUCAUUUAAUGGCAAGGGAAGAGAUACAGAAUCCCCCAAAGAGUGUCAAGAUGGUAACUUCCAACCUUAUUUUUAUGUAUUGAAGAGGCCUCGGUGUCUCACUGAACUUUAACCAUUUGUUAACCUUGGAGGCCUAUUAUUACUAUAACCUGAGGAGUUAAAAAGAAAUACAAUAAACAGAUGUCAAAUUAAAUAAGAUUAGAAUCGGAAGGUAGAUUCAAGCAUUUACAGUUUUAAAUCUGCAAGCCAGAAUAAAUUCUUACUGAGGGCUGUACCUAGCCUAUUUUCAUCAAACUUACAGAUUAAUCUUUGUUAAACCUAUAGGAAAGAAAUGCAGGCAAAUGCAGGCCAUAGAGACUGUCUUGCUGAGGUUCUUAGAGCUAAAUUCAGAUCCAGGAACCAGAUUCUAGAACUGAUUCUACUACCUAUAUUAUGUUGUAUGUCAGACACCCCCAGGGCCUGUUAGGACACCUGACAUACUUGUUGCUAAUUUCGAGAUCUAGGCAACAACUGCAUAGGCUAUUGUUUCACCUCUUUCUUCCUACUCCUUUUACUUUUCCUUCAGAGAAGAGAAAGCCACCCCUAUGCUGUAGCCACUGCCUCAGUUCUGACUUUAGCUAGGUCAUGAAACUGAGACUGAGCUAUUACUGCACCACCACAUAAAUCCUCCUGUCAUUUGGGUAUUCUUUAGAGAACUAGAGAUUACCUACCUGCAACCUAAGUUUCUUGAAUUAGAAUCAUUUGAGCAGCGCCAUCUGAAUUUACUCAUUAACAUAUUUUUGUCCGGGCGCCCUGGUUAACGCCUGUAAUCCCAGCACUUUGAGAGGCCAAGGCAAGCAGAUCUCUUGAGGUCAGGAGUUUGAGACCAGCCUGGCCAACAUGGUGAAAACUCAUCUUACUAAAAAUUUAAAAAUUAGCUGGGCAUGGUGGUUCAUGCUUGUAAUCUCAGCUACUUGGGAGGUUGAGGUGUAAGAAUCGCUUAAACCUGCGAGAUAGAGGUUGUAGUGGGCAGAGAGCACCACUGCACUCCACCCUGGGCGACAAGAGUGAGACUCCAUCUCAAAAAAAAAACCAAAAGCAACAUAUUUGUUCACUUUUGAACCCUGUGGUGUCUUUUAACUUUGUUAAGGCCCUUGGUUAGAAAAAUUAUGAGAGCUUAGGAAAUUCGGCUAUUUCUUGGGUAUAUUAAGUACAACUCCAGUAUCCUCUUGAGUUGUCCAGGAAACCUGAACGUUGAGCAGUAUCCAAGUGGAGUAUAUAUCUUUCAAGAAUACAGAUUUUUAAGGUGAGUAGUUUUCUGUCUUUGCAUCUCCUAAGACCAUUGUUACAACCUUGAUAUUAAAUGAAGAUGUGAAUGUAAACUUCCUUUUGAACAUAUUUUUUAUAAAGAAAUAUUUUGUUAAUUGGAGUAAGUAGUAUUAAUUGUUAUGAAAUCACUAUGUAAUUGUUAAUUGUAAUCUGCAAUGUCUAUUUUGUGUUGUAACAAUGUUGCCAUAAAAUAGCUUUGCUAAAUGUGAAA